AUGAAUUGGCUCAAUUCCGCCUCGGUGGCCCUUUCAUUGAUAUUGACCCUCUCUGUCGGUCCAACAUUGGGAAAUACCUGGGACCAUGGUCGUCCUGUCUGCACCGUCACGGCGAGGGGCCAUCAGAAAGACGAUGUUCCCAAUAUCCUGAAAGCCUUUGAGGCCUGCGGUCACGGCGGUACCGUCGUCUUUCCUGAAGACCAGACCUAUUGGAUCGCUUCCAGGCUGAAUCCGACCGUCAAUGAUGUGAUCAUCGAGUGGAGAGGUAAAUGGACGUUCUCGGACGACCUGGCCUACUGGCGCAACCACUCCUAUCCCAUUGCAUUUCAAAAUCAUGCUGCUGGAUUCAUCAUCACGGGGGAUCACAUUCGUAUUGACGGGCAUGGGACUGGCGGGAUCGACGGCAACGGCAAUGCCUGGUAUACGGCGGAAAAGGGAGUCACGCAGCCUGGGCGACCGAUGCCCUUCGUCUUUUGGAAUGUCUCUGAAGUGAGGGUCGACAAUUUCUUCAUCAAAGACCCGCCUCUCUGGAGCUUGAACAUUAUGAAUGGGACGAAUAUGCGCUUCAAUAAUAUCGACUGCAAUGCCACUGCGGUAGAUGCGCCGUACGGCCAGAACUGGGUGCAGAAUACGGAUGGAUUUGGUAUGAGAAUUACCCCGGCGCAUCUCCUUUGCUUUGAUAUGCUUGUGACUGACCGAUGGCCUUUGCUUUCUCUUCACCCUCGGCAUGCAGACACCAUGGACGCCAAGAAUGUUCAGUUGACCAAUUUUGUCUAUCAAGGCGGCGAUGACUGUAUCGCGAUCAAGCCACGGUCAUACAACAUUGAGAUUCGCAAUGUCACCUGUCGCGGUGGGAAUGGUAUUGCAAUUGGCAGUCUCGGACAGUAUCUGGAGGAUUCCAGCGUUCGGAAUGUCCUCGUGGACAAUGUCAAGAUCAUCCGGUACAAUAAGGACAUGCACAACAGUGCAUACAUCAAGACCUGGGUUGGGGCCCUCGUUCCUCAAAAAUCCUACGAAAGUGCCGGUCUCCCUCGAGGAGGCGGCUGGGGCAGUGUGUCGGAGAUUGUCUUCUCCAACUUUGACAUCCAAGGGGCCAACUCAGGCCCGGCGAUUUCCCAGGAUAGUGGCAAUAAUGGGUCCCUUUCGGGCACGAGCCUCAUGAGCAUCUCGAACGUGGCCUUUGUCAAUUUCACCGGCAACAUCGAGACGAGCAAGAGCUGGACUUCUUCCGUGUCGUGCUCGAAAGUGCACCCAUGCUUCAAUAUCGACUUUGAUCAUGUAGUCUUGUAUCCGACCAAUUCGACCACUGCCGGAACGGGAUCCUGCAAGUAUACGGCCGCUGGAGGAGUUUCCGGACUGAGCGGUUGCUGA